AGCCGGCGGGCGCCCCCUCCGAGGGCGGGCGCCCCGCGCGGGGGGCGGGCCCCGCCGCCCGCGCGCCCCCCGCGCACCCGCGGGGCUCGGCGCAUGGGGAACAAUCCCAGCGACGAGCGGGGCCCAGAUGAGGAGGACGUCGACCUGGCCGUGCACGGUGAUAGGAUCGGGGAGAGCGAGAGGGCGCACGCGGUGUCGUCAACCUCGGCGGCGACGUGGGCGACCCCGUACGGCGGCGGCCGUGUGCCCGACAGCAUCUCCGAGACGGGGAAGCAGGACGCGGCGAGAGCCAACGCAAUGGGCGUGGAGAUGCUGAAGCACGGCCAGCACGCCGAGGCCGUGAGGCACUUCAAGGCCGCGCUCGCCUUCGAGCCGAACAGCGUUCAGGUCUUGAACAACAUCGGUCUCGCAUGCGCGAAGAUGCAAGACUUCGCUGGGGCGUACGAGUGGUACGAGAGGGCCUACAAGCAGGACACCGGGGACGCGCAGACGCUGUUCUCGCUCGCCUGGGUCGAGCGGAAGCGCCAGCGGUACGCGCAUGCACGAGAGCUCUUCCAGAAGGUCCUGGAGAUGGAGCCAGAGCACGUGAAGGCCCUCUAUCUGUUGGGCGACAUCCUCAAGACGAGGAACGACUUCGACGGUGCCCUGCGCCACUUCGACCGCCUCACGCGCUUAGACCCCAGCAGCGUGGACGGUCACAUCUCCCUUGCGCAGUGCUACGAGCAGACAAGGCAGUAUUCGCAGGCGGAGAAGACCUUCCGACACGCUCUGCAGCUUGCUCCCCACCGCACGGAGAUCACGUUCUUCCUUGGGCGGGUGUACUACAACGCCAAGCAGUACAAACAGGCAGUGAGCUACCUGGAGAGAGUUCCCGAUAGCGACCCGCGCGCCUUCGAAGCCCGGACGUACAGCGCCAAGGCUUGGAGUUCGCGCCGAGGCGGAGGAAGACAUAUACAUAUACAUAUACAUAUA